AUGUCUGUAAUUUCAACAGAUGAAGCUGCAAUUUAUGACAGACAGAUCAGAUUGUGGGGUCUCGAUGCUCAACAACGGAUCGGAAAAGCUAGCAUUCUCAUCAUUGGAAUCUGUGCAUUAAGUAAUGAAGUUUGCAAAAACUUGGCUUUAGCUGGUGCCGCCAGUAUCACACUGCUCGAUCACGAAGAAGUAAAAGAAGAGGAUUUAGGUGCACAGUUCUUUUUAGAUGAGGAUGAUAUAGGCAAGAAUAGAGCUGAAGCAUCAGUCUCCUCUCUUCAAGCGCUUAAUCCUAGAGUACGCGUUGUUGUUGACAAGCAAAAUGUCACGCAAAAGCCUGAUGAUUUCUUUGAACCAUUUGAUAUCGUUUGUUUAUUCCGUUCAAACUAUCAAACAAUGGCUCGCAUUGAUCAAUUGCGAAGAAAUGUUAAAAGACCGUUUUAUGCAGCAGAUGCCUUUGGAUGGUUUGGCUAUAUAUUUUGCGAUUUAACUGAAUACACUUUUAUUCAAAACGCAAAGAAUUCAUCAGGAAAAAUUACACAUACUGAACAUUUUGCAAGCUUGGAUGUAUCUUUAUCAAAAGACUGGUCAAGCAUAUCGCCUAAAGCAUUGAGGAAGAGAAUCUCACCUAUGGCUCUUGUUAUGCAUAUCUUGUUAAGAUAUCAAAAAGAACAUCACCAUUUUCCUUCACAAGCAGAAGUUGCUGAAUUAAUUGAAAAUAAGAGAGAGUAUCUCCAACAGAUGGGAAUUGCUGACUCGAACGUAUUGGAUGAAAACUUACUAAGAAAUGUAUGCCAAAUGCAUAACACAGAGAUAUCACCUGUUGCAGCCAUUGUUGGUGGUAUACUAGCUCAAGAUGUACUGCGAACACUCUCUGCUAUGGAGCUUCCUAUUCAAAACUGGUUUUACUAUAAUGGACUUGAUGAAACAGGAAUGGUGCACCAACUCUAAAUGUGUUUUAAAUCAUAAUAAAAUGCCUUAUUAAAGAGAAAAAUUAUGAC